GAAGCUGCAGGAGAAGACAAUAGUGUGGCCGGGAGGAGUGCAGUCAUCAUGGAUGCUUAAAGCGGGAGAGUGUGCAGGUACGCCGGUCCCUGAACGCAUCUUCAACUUGGUGGUGCCGUGCACUUUUUUCCCCCCCGUUGCUGUACUUUUUAGUUUUGAAUGUUGCCCACUGAGAUCUCAGCAGUGUGUUUCACCUCCAGCGAGCACACUGAGGCGAGAAAAGAAGGCAUGAAAACGGAGGAGAGUCCACAGUCGUGUCUGCAGCAGCCUCCAUCCUCCACACCUUUUGUUGGUCCAGAGUACCCGGGCGGCGGUGCAGGAGAGGUGUGCGCAGAGGUGUGCGCAGAAGUGUGCGCAGGCUGCGACUCUCCCAUCGCCGACCGCUUCCUGCUGCGCGUCAACGAGCGCUCGUGGCAUGAGACGUGCGUGAAGUGCACCGUGUGCAUGAGUGCUCUCACCGGGACUUGCUACUGCCGGGACCGCCUGCUCUACUGCAAGCCCGACUAUGAGAAGCUGUUUGUGAGGAAGUGCAGCGCCUGCCUGCAGGGGAUCGGCCGCUCGGAGCUGAUCAUGCGCGUGCUGGGCCAGGUGUACCACCUGGGCUGCUUCAGCUGCUGCGAGUGCGAGCGCCGGCUGCAGCGAGGCGACGAGUUCGUGUUGAAGGAAGGCCAGCUGCUGUGCCGCAUGGACUACGAGAAGGAGAGGGAGAUGCUGGCCGCCAUCAGCCCGGCACCCACUGAAUCAGUCAAAAGCGAGGAUGAGGACGGCGGCGGCGUGGGCUCAGGCGGGGGCAAAGGUGGCGACGAAGGCAAGGAGCACAAGCGCUCCAAGCGGCCGCGCACCAUCUUGACCACGCAGCAGCGGCGGGCUUUCAAGGCCUCGUUCGAAGUGUCUGCCAAACCCUGCCGUAAAGUGAGAGAGACGCUGGCGGCCGAGACCGGGCUCACGGUACGGGUGGUGCAGGUGUGGUUUCAAAACCAGAGGGCCAAGAUGAAGAAGAUCGCCCGCAGGCAGCAGCAACAGCAGCAGCAGCAGCAGGAACAGGAACAGCUGGGCGGGGCCAGGAGGGGGGGAAACCGAGGGGGUCGCCAAAGCAACGACGACAGCGAAGAUGGCUCCAGCAGCCAUGGCAUGGACGGCAUGCUGGGGUACGCUUCUCUGCCCAGACAGCAGCUCCUCACCCUGGACCCCAACAUCUACGGAGGGGAGCCGUUCAGACACGGCCUUACUCCACCUCAGCUGAACAACGAGGGGCUCCAUCCCUAUGACUCCGAGGCGGUGUUCCACGACCUGGACAGCGACGGAAGCCUGGGUCACCUCGGCGACUGUCUCCUGGCCAGCGGGGAGGGCGGCCUCCUGGCGGGGCGAGUGGGGAACCCCAUCGACCGUCUCUACUCCAUGCAAAACUCCUACUUCACCUCGUGACCUUUACAAACUCUCCGCCUCCAACCCCUCACAGAUGCAGCUAGUGGCAGUGUGUCCGUCCACAUGCCUGACGGAAAAGAAAAAAAAGAAGAAGACCCGACCAAAGUCAAGGAAAGAUUAGUUGCCAUCAUCCCCUUCCUGGACCACAAUCCCUUGCUGGGACCAGAGACUCUUUUCUUUUGUGGCAUUUAUGUCAUGUGGAAGAGAACAUUGCACUUUCAAAAAGACACGCCAAACAUGCAGAUUCGUAAAAACAACAUAGAUGAUCUUUGAUUAGUGUUUUUGCAGGUAGGGCCUCGUAUAGAGGAUCUUUGACUGGAAUGUUAGGCAGAAAAUUCUUAAAAACAGAAGAGUUCUCCUGUCAUAUAAAAGAUAUUUGAUGAGCGUUAUGGCAGGUUGUGAAAACAACACAGCGCUCCUGUCGUAUAAAGGAUCUUUGAAUUGCGUUAUUGGCAGGUCUUUGAAAACAGCAGAGCACGCCUGUCGUCUAAAGAAUCUUUGAUUGGUGUUAUUGGCAGGUUUUUGAAAACAUAGAGCGCUCCUGUCAUAUAAAAGAUAUUUGAUGAGCGUUAUUGGCAGGUUGUAAAAACAACAGAGCGCUCCUGUCGUCUAAACUAGGAUCUUUGACUCGCAUUAUGGGCAGGUUUUUGAAAACAGCAGAGCGCUCCUGUCGUUUAAAGGAUCUUUGACUCGCAUUAUUGUCAGGUUUUUGGAAACAGCAGAGCGCUCCUGUCGUCUAAAAAAUCUUUGAUUCGCGUUAUUGGCAGGUCUUUGAAAACAGCAGAGCGCUCCUGUCGUUUAA